AUUGGCUUCCGCCUGAGGGAAGGCGGGCCGCGGGUCCGGCUCGCGUCCUGAUUGGCCAGCCCUGGAGGCUGCGCGCGCAGCCGUGGGCCGGCCAUGGCGGAGGCGGGAAAGGAGCAGGUGUGCCUUGGCCUCUCGGGAGACGCGGCCACGCAGUGGCCCCUGCAGCGGUAUGGCCGCUUCCUGCUCCCGAGUGCCAGCGAGCAGCCCGGGCUGGACUCCGAAGCCGGGGCAGCCUCUGCCCCAACGUGGAAGGUCUUUGAUUCCAAUGAAGAGUCUGGGUAUCUUGUUCUCACCAUCGUUAUAUCAGGUCAUUUCUUCAUUUCUCAAGGAAAGACUCUACUGGAAGGGUUUUCACUCCUCGGCAGCAGGAGCUGGUUGAAGAUUGUGAGGCGGAUGGACUGCCUGUUGUUUGGGACCACGAUAAAGAACAAGAGUCGGAUGUUCCGGGUACAGUUCGGUGGCGAGACGGGGGAGCAGGCCCUGGAACACUGUUGCAGCUGCGUGCAGCGCCUGGCACAGUACACAGCUGUCCAGGAGCCCGACAGGAUGGGCUGCGCACUCCAGCUGAAUCCCAGCCCCGGGGAGGACUGUGCACAGAGCGCCCCACUGCAGCUCCACCCACCUGGGGCUCCAGAGCAGCCAAGUGGAGCAGUCAGCACGAAGCCUCCAGAAGGAAGAACCUCCGUGACCUGGUUAGCUCAGUCACUCCUGGCUUCGGAAGCGCUCCCCACCACAUGCGGACAGUCUGCAUGGAAGGUUGCAGACAUAGGACCCUUUCUACGCUUGUGCCUCAUGGAUCAGAAUUUCCCAGCAUUUGUGGAAGAGGUAGAAAAGGAACUAAAGAAGCUAACGGGGUUAAAAAAUUAACAUCCUAAAAAAAACUUCUUUCUAAGAAUGGGUACUAGACUAUAAAAAUAAAGAGCAUUAUUCCAAACACCUUUUAUCAAUGUUUUAUUUUUAAAAACAGGUUAGUCCACUUUUUUAUACAUCAUUGCACUUCAACAAUUACACAAAACACAAAUACAUGCAUCUAUGGUUACGCACCGCGUGAGAACGCUGCUGGGUGAGAAGAUCUACACAACCAUUUACUAAAUCAAUGUGAAAAAAUACAGUACCAACCCCAAAGUAUAGCUAGUUGCAUAGAAUACCAUGCUAUAACAUUUCAAGGUCAUUGAAAACAAUAUGGUAAAAUUAUAAAAGUUUGCCUUAAUUGAAUGUACAAUAUGGUUCAACACAUCAGUGCAAAGGAUUGAAGAAUUUACAUAAUCACUUAAAGCAAUCAUACAUAUAUACUGCACUUUAUUAUAUCCGCUCAGUGAACUGUUCCAGCUUCUUAGCAAAAUCGGAGGUUAAGCCCUUAAAAUUAUAGAUUUCAGUUUAUAUUACUCAUCUUUAUGUACCAGAACUGCACAAUUUCCUCAUCUGACAACAUACAUAAGGAACAAAUAUCAGCAGCUUAAAAAUGAAACAAGCAUUUAUUUUAUUUUGGAUUUCUCCCACCCCCAAAAAUAUAAAU